ACAACGAUUAAAAUUUUACCUCUGAUUCGCGGUACUAACCGGACUUAAGCCGUUAGAACUAAUCGGUACUUUGUUAAAGUCUGGAGAGCUUCGGAGAGAUUAUUUUUGAUCGACUCGAGAUCCGGCAGAGUUUAAUUCUGAUUAGCGAUUGACUGCCUUCGUUAGAUUUUCGGCAGUUUAUAUACUCUAGUUUUGAUGGGAAAGUCAUAGAUUUUUGGUGCAAUCAUUGGGUCCAUCUCAUUAACAUGAUGAGUAAGUACACGAUUCCGGAAAUAACUUUCUAAAAAUUUAGAAAAGUCCAUAUAUGGACAUCGGGUGAUAUCGUUUUCGUCAACAACAACGGAUGAGUAAGUGCUCUAAUAGAAAAACAAAUGGCUAAGUGCGUAGAUCCGAUUCGUCACAGCAUGGGAACGUAUGCAGUGAUUUCGAAAUAUGUAAAUUAGAUGGUCGUAAAAUUUUUAUGACCGUUGAGUCAAUUAGAGGUCCGGUGCGCACGUGCAGGUUUCCCGCUGAGUCGCAGCUAUACAUACUUUGGGUACUACGCCCGUACGUAUACAUACAUACAUACUCUCUUAUAAAUGUGUUGUGAAUAGGUGUACGCAGGUAAGUGUGGAUGCAAAAUGAGUAUAGGGCUAGACGACAUAAUUGGGUUUGAGCAUAGGCUCUGCCCUUUUGAUGGAGAAAAAAAGAGAAAGGUAUAUUGUCAUAUCAGUCGAUCUCUGUUUUCUCACUCGUCGUGCAUGCACUUACAUAGGUACCUGAGAAGAUCUCAACGCAAAGAUUUUUGGGUGUGGCUUUGUCUACUGUUUCAAUAAUAAAAAAAAACAAAUCCUAAAUUAGCAGUUAAAUCGCAAUUCAUAUGUAUCAAUCGUUACACCUCUACCCCUAGAGUCGGCAAGUGGGCAACCCUCGCCAUUUUGUGCCUUAAAACAUCAUGGCGGCCACAAAAAGCUCGCAGAUUAGAGAUCACUAAGUGAUGGAUGAGGGUAUGUGUUUAUAAUGGCGUAUCUGAAAUCUUUGUGAUUAUAUUCCUAAGUGGAGGUGGCCCUUAUGGGUUGGGGAAGAACUUGCGCGCCCUACCACUAAACCUAUGCAAGGGGUUCACCAGAGCUGAAGUCUGGUACCAUGGGGGAUCCAUUCCAAGCCCCACUUUGACCAGAAAUGGGAGAAGUGUUUGGGUCCGAAUGAGGUCGGACUCGUGGUGGUUGUUGGUGAGACACCCACAUGCAAUGCAUGCCCAAUGGUUGCCUCAAUUUGAAGAGGGUGGUGAGUCGGAGAGGAAGCGGCUUCGGCAUCCUGGGGUGCCAACAACUCCGGAACUUUUGGAGUGGCAGAAUAGGCCACCUCCAAUGAAGUCGUACUGGCUUGAUACUAUGGAGUAUAUCCGGCCACGUCCGUCGUCCGCGGUGACGGUUCGAGAUGAGAUGGUCGAUACUCCACCCUUGGUGAUAGUUGACGAGGAAGAGUCAACUGGAAAUGGGAGUCCUGCUGAGUCACAUCUGAUCGCAGGAUCGGGGACGAGAAGUCCCGUUGAAUCCUUGGAGUAGCUGGUGAGGAACCAGCCUGAGGGUCCUUCCGUUUCACGGGAGCUUGGAGUACAAGGCAGGAAGCCGGCAGUUCCCCAGAAGAAACGAAGGGGUCCACGUUCUGACAAGGGACGGCCUCGCAAGAAGAGAGCCAGCCAACCAGCGGCUGCCUCUAGCGGUGUUUCCGGUGUGCCGGGGACAGCUCCGGUGCUGAGGUCGAUACUAACCCAGCCUCCAGCGGUCCCCUUGAGGUUGCUAUUAUCGGAGGCUCAGGUAUAUGUGGGUAGUCAACCCACGUUCCGAGUUCCCUUCAAGGUCACCUUCCUGGAGGGCCAUCAAUUUGUGAUCCCUUUCUCGGAUCCAGUUGUGGGGGUCCUGUCGCCGAUGACGUCGCAGGAGGCUAGUUGGUUGACGGAAUGUACUUCCUGGAGGGUGAUGAGCCAUUUUAGCCACGAUACGGUGAUGUCGGUGUUAAUUUGGCUAUGCCCAGCGCAUUUCCAGGACCGGAUGUAUGGUGCUUAACCCAGGAUCCAGUCGGUAUUGGAGGAGCUGCGUAGGGUUGGUCGAAUGCCGGCCGCGCCUUGCGUUUACUGCGGCCAGGGUCAUAGACCGAUUCAAAAACAUAUGUAUAA